AUGAAAAAAGAAGAAAAGAGUCUUUUCAUUGUAAAUGAAAUUGUGGUGGACCUUUUUGCUGGCAUUGGCUUCUUCGCCCUUCCCGCCCUCGCCUUUUGCCCGCCCCACAAACUCCGCAAACUCUACGCCUGCGACCUCAACCCCCACGCCCUCAAAUUCUUCAGCGAGGCGCUGCCCGUCAACCGCAUAGACCCCAAGAGGGUGACUUUUCUUUUAUGCGACAGCUUCGCGCCUCCGUCAGGUGCUGCUGCUGCUGCUGCUGCUGCUGCUGCUGCUGCGGGCGACGAGGAGGCCUUUGCUGCUGCUGUUGAGGCAGCAGUUGAGGCGUCUCCCGCUGCUGCAGCAGCGCGAGCAGCAAUUGGCUCUUCUUCACCCCCGCAGCAGCAGCAGAGCACUCCACCCUCAUCAACCCCAGCAGCAGCUGCAGCAGCAGCAGCAGCAGCAGCAGCAGCAGCAGCAGCAGGCGUGCCUGCUGCGCUGCUGGGAGCAGCAGACCGAGUGAGCCUCGGGCUAAUCCCCUCCAGCGAAAAGGCCUGGCCAACUGCUGUGGCGCUGCUCAGCAGCAGCAAAGGAGGCUUUUUGCACAUCCACGGAGUGCAGCAGCAGCAGCUCGCCAGCAGCAGCAGCAGACCCUCCCGCCUGCUCGUCUACCCCCCAGCCGCUGCAGCAGCAGCAGCAGCAGAAGCAGCUGCAGCAGCGGGACCAGCAGCAGCAGCAGCAGGACCAGCAGCAGCAGCAGCAGCAGGACCAGCAGCAGCAGCAGCAGCAGGACCUGCAGCAGCAGCAGCAGCAGGACCAGCAGCAGCAGCAGCAGCAGCAGCAGGAACUGUGGGGGGCAACUGCCGGCUGGGGGCUUCUUUGGGGUUUGCGCAGCACGUGCUGCAGCAAAUUGGAAAGUUGGUGGCAGCAAAAGCAGCAGCAAGCAGCAGCCCGUGGCAGGUGUCUAUACACCGCGUGGAAAAGGUCAAGUCUUUUGCGCCAAAGCUUUUCCAUUUUGUUGUCGAAGUUGAAAUAAAGCCUUUUCAGAAUUAA